UUCUAGAUGUACUGACACUGUAGUGAGAUAAAACUGCUGACAAGUGCCCUCUGUGCUAAUGAGAUGUGGCAGAGUUACUGUGUGCUAGCUCUGGGUGGGGUCAGAAAGCCACUGUUUUUACACCUGCAUUCCGCAAUGGGCUGUGCUGUGUGUUUCACAACUUGGGCGGGUCGCUACUGAAAGAGGAUCAAGAGCUGUGGCUGCUUGGUCUGAUUGCACUCUCGCACUUUGCUGGGCUACCCAGCGGAGAGCCAGGCAAAAACAAGCUUGCCCGCUUUUCCUCAGGCAAUUCUAAAAUUCUCGGUUUCUAACACAACCGAAUAGCGUCUGCAGCAAACAUAUUGCGUGCAUCAGUGACAAGUCUGGUUAUUUGAACCGCCUAGUAAUUGCUUUGUUUCAGAGCAUGUAAAUCCUUGAUAUGGUAAACAGAACCUUCUGUAGGCUGAUGGUGAUGCUAUUGCGUGUGAAAGGAGCAGCUCUUCCAUAAGCCACCCAAUCUUCUGGGACCCCAGUGAAGGGAAAACAAAAUGAAGGAACUAACGUCAAACAGUACAACCAAUAUAUCUCAAGCUAGGAAAGCUGUGGAGCAAUUAAAAAUGGAAGCAUACAUGGAUAGGAUGAAGGUAUCCAAGGCUGCAGCAGACUUACUGGCAUACUGUGAUGCUCAUAUUGGAGAAGAUCCCCUUAUUAUUCCAGUGCCUGCAUCUGAAAAUCCCUUCAGGGAGAAGAAACUCUUUUGCACUAUCCUUUGAGUUGGUUUUCAACUAAAAAUAUCGUAUAUUAAAAUUUGGUAUCAGUGAUGCAUGUUUUUGGAUUUAGCAUAUUUUCCUCAGAUAUCAAUAUUUAACCUAGAAUGACAAUGUUUUUAGAAGGUAGUGCAUUUCCUGUUAAUAAAUAAAUAAAAUAAAAAUAAAAAUCCUAAAAAAAAUCAAGGUAAUCCUUAUUUUUCAGACCAGUGCAUAAAUUCCAUUUCAGUAUUCAUAAAGAUUCCGUGGUUCUUAAUGAAAGUAUCUAGUACAGUAUCGAGUUGUAGAUAUCUUUGCCAGUCAUAGAUUUUUCUGAGACCUAAAUGAGUCAUACCGACUCUGAAGCUAUUUUUAACACUCUUGUUUUCUUCAGCAGGUGAAUUUAAUUCAUUUGCCUUUACAAAUUUUUAUCUAAAAAGAGUAGUGUGACCUUUCCACAAGAGGCACUAUUAAGGAAAAAAUGCCAGUGAUCUAUGAUGUUUGGAAUGGUCAGUCUUAUACAGUAAGUGAUGUUUAUAAAUAUGUUUUGUGAAGGCUGUAAUAAACUUGACUACAAAAACAAUCUCAGUAAGGAAGUACUGUAACUACUAGGUAAAAUGAAGAUGUAUAGUUAUAUACUAUGGCUGCAUCAAUAAAACUUUGGGGAAACGUG